GUCGUUACCUACAGCGCAACCAUUUUUUCGGUAUUUACUGGUGAAAGAAGGAACCUGGGUUACUGACAGUAGGCAGGACAAUACAUGAAUGCUCAGAGCUCUCCUUUAAAUAUAUCUAUUUAAAUAUAUAUACCUAUUUAUGCUUCCUUUAAAAUGACGAUCCGCUUAGCUACACACUGACACAAUCUGCUGAAGGUGUUAGACUAAAUCUCCGCCCCGGACUUCAACCGAACCGGCUGUUUGUUCGGGCUCUUCUCUGCAGUGGAAGAGUGGGACAGAGAGAGGAAAGGGACGAGGAAAAAGGGGAAACACAACAGGAAAACAGUGGAAAGAAGAGUUUGUUGUGGAACCCGUGUUCAACCAAAGACAUGUUUUCGGAGUAGGAGUGUGAGCGAGCUGCGAGCCCGCCGGCGGACUGCACUAAUGGGACCUUGAAGGGAGGUAUGUCUGAAACAGGGGCUGAUGUGACCAUUGAGAAGUACCCAGCAUGACUUCUUCAUAUCCGCUUCUCUGUCACCCCAUGGUGUCUGUACCUAAUGUGGCGUCACACAUCAAGGAAGAUAAGGAUGAAGAUGAGCAGGGGGAGAAGUUUGAGUUUGAUGACAGUGAUGACACCAGAACUCCAGAGAUGAGUUCUGGCUCUCUCAUGAAGGAUAUGGAAGUCAGAGAGUCACCAGAGGGACGCUGCAACUCCUCUGAUCUGGGAGUGACUGGAGAGUCAGAGAGUUUUUGGAAAGCGAGCAGUAUUUAUGAAGGAAAGUCUUCUUUAAUACCAAAAGGUGGUCUGGAGUCCAGCAGUUCAGUAAAUGGGUACAGUCCACAACAGUCCACAGUCCACUAUGAGGAUGAGGCAUCCUCUUCAGUCUGUCCACAGACUGAACAUGACACAGCUGGUUUGUACAAACCAACCAACCAGAGCACAGUGACAUGCAUCCCAGACAGUGUGGUCAGAGACACAGAGGUUAUCUAUGACGACGUGCCUGCUGAAAACCUACAUUACCAAGUGGACGAUGUGGAUGACAUCUAUGAGGACAUCCAGAGACCUGAUCAUCGUGGCUCAAACGGCUGGAGCUCCAGUGAGUUUGACAGUUAUGAUGAACUGUCUGACAGUGAGACUCUUCCUCCAGCCCACAGAGGCAACAAGCUGCCUGCAGAUGUGCUGAGGUUGAAGGAGCGUUGUGCUGCCACCAGAAGGGAGCUGGCAGUGUGUCUCAGUACACCUCGUGUUGCUCACAUCAGACAGAGCUGUGACACUAAGGUGCAGCAGUUUGUGAAAGCAGCGAGGAAUGGUACCAAGGAUGGUUUAGAAAAGACAAAGUUGGCCAUGAUUCGCAAAGUGUCAUUCCUGCAGAGGAAAGACUCCACAGGUGAGGGAAAGGACGAUGCAGGCUACAUGGAUGUGUUUGUUUCUGAGUUAAAGCACCCACCACCACAACUGUGCCCCAUGCCAGAGGGGCUCAGCAGUCAGCAGGUUGUUAGACGUCUCAUCCUCAGCUCCAUUGUGCAGAGUGAGAGCAGCUACCUGGACUCUCUCAAGAGAAUACUCCAGGAGUACCAGAAGCCUUUGCUGGAGCCACAGCACUGGAUCCUUAACCCCAAGAAGGUGCGUCAGAUCUUUUACCGUCUGCAGGAGAUCCAUCAGUGUCACUCAAUGUUCCAGAUUGCCCUGGCAUCCCGCGUGGCUGACUGGGAUCACAGUGAGAAGAUCGGAGACCUGUUUGUUGCCUCGUUUUCGAAAUCCAUGGUGCUGAACGUGUACAGCGACUACAUCAACAAUUUCACAAAUGCCAUGGCACUGAUCAAGAAGGCCUGCGUGUCUAAACCUGCUUUCCUGGACUUUCUUAAGAAAAAGCAGGCAUCCAGUCCAGACAGAAUCACUCUGUACGGCCUUAUGGUCAAACCUAUCCAACGUUUUCCUCAGUUCAUUCUACUGCUCCAGGACAUGCUGAAGAACACUCCAAAGUCCCAUGCUGAUCAGUUGCCCCUGCAACUGGCUCUCACUGAGCUGGAGACUCUGGCCGAGAAACUCAAUGAACAGAAGCGUCUGGCUGAUCAGGAGGCUGAGAUUCAGCAGUUAACACGCAGCGUGGGGGACCGCAACUUCAACAAGCUGCUGAACUCAGAGCAAAGGCAUUUGAUUCAGUGUGAACUGCUGACUGAAAUUGUUUAUGGUGAUAACGGUCAAGUCCUCAAGUCGAAGGAGCGAAAGGUCUUCCUGCUCAACGACACCCUGAUUUGCGCAAAUGUCAACCUGAAAGGUCCCCCUGACAUCAGCAGCCUAGUUCCUGUUGGUCCUAAGUACACAGUGAAGUGGUGUGCCCCUCUGCUUCAGACUCAGGUGGUGGAGGUGGGACAGGACAGUCUGCAGAGCAGGGACAGUGUGAUCAUAGCCAGAUGCCGAAGUUCCACCACCAGCACCACUGGUACACCCACAGGUAGAGUGUUCCUUGGUCCUCCCAGACUGUACCAGGAGCUGGAAGAACUGCAGCAUGACCUGGCUGUGGUUGAGGAGGUCUCACUGCUUGUGGGUACACUCCAUGGAACCUACCAGAAUCUGAACACCACAGUGUCUCAGGACUGGUGUCUGGCUCUGCAGAGACUCAUACGUCUGAAGGAGGAAGAGAUCCAGUACGCCAACAAGUGUCGCCUGCGUCUGUCUGUACCAGGCAAACCUGACAAGUCUGGUCGUCCAGUGAGCAUCAUGGUGGUCUUCAGCACUCCCAGCCCUCUCAGUAAGAUCUCCUGGGUGAACCGGCUUCACCUCGCCAAGAUAGCUCCGAGACAGGAAAACACUCCGGGGUGGGAAUGUGCUGAAGAAGAUAAAAAGACAAAAGUUCCACUUAGUUUUCCACUGUUGACCUGCAAACUGCCUGUUUUCUCUCAGAUAACACACAUGAGGAAGCUGGAGGCAGCUCUUCACAGUCCGUCUCAGUCCAGCCUGCUUGGUUUCUGCACUGCCAGUACGUCCUUACCACAGGGUUACCUCUGGGUUGCUGGUGGUGGAGGCAUCUCCAACCAUGGACAAGUGGAGAUCUUCUCCCUGAACAGAGCCACUCCUCGCCUGGUGAAGACCGUCCCACUGAGGGCCCCAAUCCUCUGUCUGGAGUAUGUGAAGGAGCUGAGUCCCAGCACAGAGGAGGAGGCUGAGAAGGCUCAGACUGCUGCCAAGAUAGGAAAUAUCAUCUGUAUUGGCUUGCAGGAUGGCAGCAUCCAUGUGUACAACAGUGUGGAUACAGCUGUUCAGUGUCUGCUGACCUUGGUGAACCCUGACAGCUGUCCAGUCCUCUGUCUCAAACAUUCGCUAUCUUUCCUCUUUGCUGGACUGGCUGAUGGCAAAGUAGCUGUGUACCAGAGAAGGACUGGAGAGAGACUGUGGGACAUGGACUCAUGCAGGAUGGUGUCUCUGGGCUCUGACCUGGUCUGCAGUCUGCUGACACUUGAAGACACUGCAUGGGCCAGCUGUGCCAACCAAGUCAUUGUCAUCCAAGGUUCCAGCCUCCACACACAGAGUUUUGAAGCCCACUCUGAUCCACGCUACACUGUUAGCCACAUGGUUCGUUCAGGUGGGGGUGUUUGGAUGGCCUUUGCCCAGGGCUCAUCCAUUCACCUGUUCCACACAGAGACUUUGGAACCACUGCAGGAAGUCAACAUCUCCACCCGUACUGCCCAUCUGACACCAGGUCAGGUUUGUGUCUCCAGCUUGCUGAUCUGUCAGGGGCUGCUGUGGGUGGGGACCAAUAAGGGAAUUAUCCUCACCUUUCCUAUACCCACCCUGGAGGGUAUCCCCAAGAUCACAGGUAAAGGCAGGACGUCUCUGAAUGCUCACUGUGGUCCGGUGGACUUCCUGGUGUUUGCCUCCGGCACACUGGCCUCUGACUUGCUCAGACGGGACUCCAUCCUCAACAGCAGCGAGGAGGGUGUUAAUGGAGAAGGAGGGGGAGGAAGAGAAGGUAUAGGUGAUGUGGGAGGAGAUGAAGGACGGCAGAGGUUGCAGCAGAGCAGCUACCCACAGGAAUCCGAAGCUCCUCUACCAAGGGAGCAGAAGCCCAAGCGUGUUUUGCUGCAGUACCGCCUCCACUCCACAUUCCAGCUGCCUGGUAAGCUGCUGACAGCCCAGCCUGAACAGGGGAACCCGAGAGCCCCCCCAGACUCACUGGAGCACAGACCGGAGGAUGGCUCAAUCUAUGAAGUGAGUGAGGACCCUGAUGUGUGGGUGAGGGGGCGGCCCGUGGAGUCGGGGAAGGAGGGGGAGGCCAGGCGCAGUAAAGUCACCUCAGCAGCCAUCUUCUCUGGUGGCAGAGGAUACCGCAGGAUAGGACAGACAGCCUCUGCAGACACAUGCUCAGACUCCACUGAAAACACACUGCUGGUGUGGCAGCUCCCUUUAACUCUCAGCCCGUGACAGACAAGCAUGUCACCUGACUGAGUAACUGUGGUUCGAGACACAUAUGUGGACUCCAAUCCCAGUUAACUUCUAAACAUUUCAACUAGACUCAACAUCUUGUCUAAAGUCAAAGGAGCCAAGGACACAUCACUGAUGACAGCUAAAUGUUUUUUCUGGUUUUCCACUUUCCAUUUCAGUGGUUUGGUUAUGGCAGGUGAACACCAUAAGUAAGUUGUGCUAGCAAGCUAACUCUAGCGGUAACAUUACUUGUGAAGAAUACCACUAGUUUAAGUCAGCAGUUGCCUCCAGGAAUGUGGGACAUCAGGGAGACCAACAUUCUUCAGCUCGUUUUCCAGAUGUGAUCAUACACCAAGACAUUAACUGUAUCAACUUUUUACAGUGGGCCUAGUUUUGCAUUGCUGCCAACUCUCAGAGCUAGAUCUACUAAGGCUUUGUACCUGUUUUAGGGAACAGAUUUGACGCGUUUUGCCCCAGAAAUGUUUGGGAUUUUCUCAGCCUGGACUCGUAGUUUGUGUCAGCCCUGUCCAAAUAGCAUAGGCAUUUAAAAGAAUACUGCAACAUUUAGGGAAAUAUGAUCAUUUUCCUUUUUGUGAGUGUGAGAUUAGAAGAUCAUUAUCAUUCUCAUCAUUAAGUACAUUAAGUAUGGAGCUGGAGUCAGUCACAUGCUAGAACUAUUUCUUGACCAACAACAGCCUGGUAUACGUUCAACACAUAAUUUCCCCUAAAACCACAUAUUGUACUUUUUACAUUUUUGUUUGUGUAAACAUUAAAGGGGUAAGUAGGAGAAUUUUUGAACUUUGGACAGAGCCAGGCUAGCUUUUUACCCUUGCUUUUCAGUCUUUAUGCUAAGCUAAAUCUAUUAAAGGGAUUAACAGCCAUUACAAUAUUGAUGUGCAUGUAAAUGUACCUAAUUUACAAUAAGAGAGACACCGUGGCAGCUCUUGUCAUAAUCAUGUGCUUACUUUUUUUGUAAUGCAAAGCACUAUUGGUACUUACAGUGAUGAUUGAAAGGCUUUCAUUUCUGAUGCAGAGCAAUAUUUGCUACUACUGCUGCUGUGUGUCCCUGUAGUUAAAACCAGUUUAGGAACAUUGUGAGGCAUAAAAUUGGGAAAAUAAGGUAAAAAUAUUUUAAGGAAAAUGUUGUAAUGUUAGUUUUUAUUUCAUGAAAAGUUGUAAUAUUACAAGAGGAAGUUGAAGUUUUACUAAAAUCGAGUAUAAAGUUGCAAUAUUAGACAUAAAAUCACAACUUUAUUUUAAAAAUUUUGUAAUAUCUCUGAAAUGACUUCUGAAAUCAUGCCUUCGUCCUUAUAACAUUAUGACUUCUCAGAAGUUUCUCAGAAUAUUAUACUUUACUCUCAAAAUGUCCAUUGUCCACAAAUUUGUUGAACAUCCUCACAGGCAUCACAGGUGAGAAGGGAGAUAAAUCCAUUCACUCAGAAUUUCUACAUGUUGAAUACUGUGUGUACACAAAUAAGUUUGUAUUUUAUUUUGUUUGUAAGUGAAAUGUAUUUAUGUUGUCAUCAAGUGAUGUAAUAUUUACAUUUUAAAACUGAGCAUUUGUGAAUUUUUUCUCAGUGUCUUGAUGUAUCUGCCAGCAUGUGUUUGAUACUCUUUACACAACACCAAUGAAGUUAUUUUAAUUUGUUUUCAAAUUGUACAAUUGCUACAUUUUGUAUGUACGUGGUACAUUUUCUACACUGUAUUUUUGUGCAAAAUAUCAUGCAAAAGAGUGUUUUGGAUACAGUAAAAAAACACCAUGAAAAUUACUUUUACAUUUUUGCUUUGAUUUCACAAUUGUGCAUUCAGUGCUUCUGCUGGAUAGUAGGGCUGUGGUCAACCAAAGAAAAUCUUGUAGGACUGAAAUUUUAACUACUCUUCAAUCAAUUGAUUUGUUGCUGGGAAAAAAAAAAUCUGCAUGUUAAGUCUAUAUUAACUAAAUCGGCCACAGUGCACUGAGUGCACUCUACCUGGUAGCUUUAAGAGCCUAGAUGAAUUAUAAACAUAAAAACUGCUGUGAUAUGAAAACUGCUGUUUGCAAAGUUUACACUCCAGUUUUUGGUAAUUUAACAAAAUUUAACAAAAUGCUUCCACAUCGACAGCUUGUCUGACAUGGUGUCAAUCAGUUUGGAGCCAAUUCCGAGUAAACAUUCAGUAAACAUUCAGUAAAGGUUAAAGACGUAGCAGUCUCCAUUAGGUUGGGCAAGUUGAAAGUUGUGAAAACGGGGGAUUUUUCAAAAUACGCCCUUGUUUGCAAAGGUAGUCUGUCCCUCCCACCUUUGCUGAAAAUAAUGGGUUAAUCCUUGAGGGCUACUGAUGUAGCACGUUACUCCUUGUGAAAGUAACCUAGGCGAUUGUCUGACCAGCGAGAAUUUGGGCGGAUGAGAGCAUAUCGACCAAACAAUUGACCAGUCAUAUGGCUACAGCCCUACUGGAUAGGUUAUGAAAUUACAGGAGUUGUAAUACUACUGUUGAAAAAAUGGCCAGAUUCAGGUGAAUCCUUCAUCUUCAUGAUGUAUCCAUGAUGUAUGCAGUUGGUCUCAGUAUUUACUGGUACAUUUAC